CUGCGGUCCGGGGCCAGCCGUGCCGCUGCAGCCCGCGUCCGCGGAGUCGCUGCCUCCGUCAACUCCGUCCCCGCCUCGGUCCCUCCACAGGCGCGGAGCUCCGCGAGCACCGCGCGGGCGCCGGGGCGCGCCGACAUGGGCAGCCGCUCUCGAGCGCGCCGGGUGGCCGCGGCGCUGGGCUUCGCCGGGCUGCUGUGCGCAGUGCUGGGCGUUAUCAUGAUCGUGAUGGUGCCCUCGAUCAUCAAGCAGCAGGUCCUCAAGAAUGUGCGCAUUGACCCCAGCAGCCUGUCCUUCAACAUGUGGAAGGAGAUCCCUGUCCCCUUCUACCUCUCUGUCUACUUUUUCGAUGUCGUCAACCCCAGUGAGAUCCUCCAAGGCCAGAAGCCGCAGGUGCGGGAGCGUGGACCCUACGUGUACAGGGAGUUCAGACACAAGAACAACAUCACCUUCAAUGACAAUGACACGGUGUCCUUCCUCGAGUACCGCAGCUUCCAGUUCCAGCCUGACAAGUCCCGCGGCCUAGAGAGCGACAAUAUCGUCAUGCCCAACAUCCUGGUCUUGAGUGCAGCAAUGAUGAUGGAGAAUGGGCCCAUGAGCUUGAAGCUGAUCAUGACCUUGGCGUUCAGCACCCUUGGUGAACGUGCCUUCAUGAACCGCACUGUCAGCGAGAUCAUGUGGGGCUAUGAGGAUCCCCUCAUCCACCUCGUCAAUAAAUACUUCCCAAACAUGUUCCCCUUCAAGGGCAAGUUCGGGUUAUUUGCUGAGCUCAACAACUCUGAUUCCGGGCUCUUCACCGUGUUCACGGGGGUCAAAAACUUCACCAGGAUCCAUCUCGUGGACAAGUGGAACGGGGUCAGCAAGGUCAACUUCUGGCAUUCCGAUCAGUGCAACAUGAUUAAUGGGACUUCCGGGCAGAUGUGGGCACCAUUUAUGACUCCUGAAUCCUCGCUGGAAUUCUACAGCCCCGAGGCCUGCCGGUCCAUGAAGCUCAUCUACAAGGAGCAGGGGAUGUUCGAAGGCAUCCCCACCUUUCGCUUCGUGGCUCCCAACACCUUAUUUGCCAACGGGUCCGUCUACCCGCCCAAUGAGGGCUUCUGCCCGUGCCGGGAGUCCGGAAUUCAGAAUGUCAGCACCUGCAGGUUCAACGCACCCUUAUUUCUCUCCCAUCCUCACUUCUACAAUGCUGACCCAGUCCUGGCAGAGGCAGUGUCUGGCCUCCACCCUAACCCAGAAGAGCAUUCCUUGUUCCUGGACAUCCACCCGGUCACCGGAAUCCCCAUGAACUGCUCUGUGAAACUGCAGCUGAGCCUCUACGUUAAGUCUGUGAAAGGCAUCGGACAAACUGGGAAGAUCAAGCCGGUGAUCCUGCCACUGAUGUGGUUUGGAGAGAGCGGGGCAAUGGAGGGUGAGCCCCUUCAGACGUUCUACACCCAGCUGGUGUUGAUGCCCAAGGUGCUGCAUUAUGCCCAGUACGUGCUCCUUGCCCUGGGCUGCGUCCUGCUGCUCAUCCCCAUCGUCUACCAGAUCCGGAGCCAAGACAAGUGCUAUUUAUUUUGGAGUAGUAGUAAAAAGGGCUCAAAGGAUAAGGAGGCCAUUCAGGCCUAUUCUGAAUCCCUGAUGACAUCAGCUCCCAAGGGGACUGUACUGCAAGAAGCAAGACUGUAGGGUCCCAAAGAUGCCGCCAGCCAGCCCAGCCUGGCUACUCAGCAAGACCAGCUCUCCAGCCCCUACACCCCGCUUCUUCAGGACUCUCUCAGGGGACAGCCCACUAAUCCCAAAGUCUGAGCCACCCCCUGCUACCACAUGCCUGUCGCACACUGCACACACCCCCAGCACGUGUCCACGUGUGUGCACAGGUGUGUGCAGACAGGGAUGGAGCCGCUGCUGAGGGGACUUGGGGAGAGGCUCGUCAACAAGGACUGUUCCGGAACCUUCUCUCCAAGUGAUCCACAGGCCCGACCACUGGUGGUGUGGGCACGGGGUCCCCUCCCUUGGGUGAGCGAGCCUGGGCUCUUAAGGACUCAGGUCACCUCUCCCCAGCGGUCCUCUCCAUCAGUCUCGAAACACUGCAGCCUCCGCCUGGUGGCUCACCCAGGCAGGACAGGGACUUUACUCCGAGGGGCUGGCCGCUGUCCCGAAACCUAGCCCAGGAGUGCAGACUGCUUGUGCCCCAUCCAGGUGGGCCGUGGGCCGUGGGCCGUGGCUCAGCGCCCAGCCCGGACCCGGAGCUGUGGCCACUGGACACCCAUCUGGGCCUCAAAACGGAGAUGCCUCCGACCCCAUCCUUAACCCCCUGCAGGAUCGUGAUCUCCCUGAAGUCUACACAGGCGCUGGAUUUGGGUGUCUGCGCCCCUUCCCUCCAGCCUAAACUGACAUGUAUACUGAGCCGGCCACUCCCUGGCUGGGGUGGCAGGAGGCUGUGCUCUGAGCCGCCGCCCACCAGGGUCCUCAGCUCUUCGGUGCCAGGGAGGAGGUGGAGAGGCCCUGGGCCCAUCAGCCUGGGUGUCUGGUUGGGUGACCCGUCUGCCCGGGGCUCCUGGUCUCCGGGGCAAACUUCUGUCUCUUUUCUACUGGAAGAGAAAUGAAUUUUAUCAUCUUUUAAAAAUAAUUCACAGUUGAAAUAAUAAACCUUUUUAAAAA